AUGGCGCCUGUUCGAAGAAGCAAGAAGCCUCCGCCAGAUGGUUGGGAGCUAAUAGAACCUACUUUGGAGGAAUUAAACAAGAAAAUGCGUGAAGCUGAGACAGAUCCUCAUGAGGAUGCCAAUCUUAUCGCAAAAUGGAAAAAGCAGGGCUAUGAAAACUUGUGCUGCUUGCGAUGCAUACAGUCGCGCGAUACUAAUUUUGGAACAAACUGCGUGUGCCGGGUCCCAAAGUCUAAACUAGAGGAGGGUAAGGUCGUCGAAUGUCAGAAUUGUGGUUGUCGAGGCUGUUCCGGGUAA